AUGCCCAAGUUUUCGUGCAACCUUGGCUUCUUCUUCAACUCAGUGCCGCUGUUGCAGCGACUGGAAAAGGCCGGUGCCGCCGGAUUUUGCGCUGUCGAGCUCGCGUUCGAUCAGUACGAGCAUGACCCCCAGAUCGUGGCAAACGCCUGCGCGCAACAUGGCCUGCACGUCGAACUGAUCAACACCCCGAAAGGAAACUGGGAGGAAGGGGAACGCGGACUGGCUGCCAUUCCGGGCAAGGAAGAGGAGUUUUGGGCAGCUUUCACUCAGGCUGUGACGUAUGCCAAGGCGUUGUCUUGUCCAAAGAUCCACGUCAUGAGCGGCGUGGUUCCUGCGGCCGUUUCGGCAGACGCGUGCCACUCGGUGCUCGUCAGCAACUUGCAACGCGCUGUCAAAGUUGCACACAAGGAAGGGUUGAUGUUGACACUUGAGCCCAUCAGCACCAUCCCAGGAUAUUACAUGUCGACACUCCAGCGCGCCCAACGCGCCAUCGAGGACGUGGACAGCCCAGUCCUGAAAUACCAGUUUGAUGUGUAUCAUGCACAACGCACGCAAGGCAACCUCGCGCAAACACUUCGCGACAACAAGGACAUUCUCGGCCACAUCCAAGUUGCUGGUGUGCCCGGGCGCCACGAGCCUGACGGCGCAAACGAAGUUAACUUCCCGUUCCUGUUCCGUGUGAUGGACGACGUGUACGACGGGUUUGUUGGCUGUGAAUACACCCCGACAGAUGCGGCCAACCCGGAUCUCUCCUGGCAGCCAGCUCCCACGAGCACAUGA